AUGGAGGUACAUUUUAAAACUAGGAUGGAUGACUCCGGCGUGAAGCCAUACAUGCGGGCCGAGUCCAGCGAUACCGGAAAAGAGACGGCGACAUCUCAGGCAAGUGACACUGUUGAGGAGGAGAAAGUGAGACCUGUUACCCCGAUCGAGUACGAUGAGUCGGAUGAUCCACUGUUGAAUACCAACUGGUGCCGUCCCUUGGAAUGGUUAGCGCACGAGUUCCUUCACGACAGUACGGCACUAUGGAUCUUCGCCGUGCACGUAUCCGUGUUCUUCAUCGCCAUCUGCUUCGGUCCAUUGACCCUGCCGCUGCGUGCGAAGUUCUCCAGCAGUAUGGAAUCUUUUCUGUCGGAGAGCAUGGUUGUGGAUUCGGUCGAGGCCGUGGACAUGCUCAACGACAACUUAUCGCAUUUCCAGACCAUCCGCAAUGGUCUCUGUUUCCUCUUAACAACGCUGGCUGCGUUCGCCUGCACGUUGGUUGGAGUCAUGAGUGUGAGGUACGUCGCCAUCAAGCUGCUCGUACAACCGCUGUUCUACAUUUCGCGCCUUGCGGUUGUGGUGACUUACGCCGUUGAUCCAGCCGCGGCGUAUUGUGUCUGGACUAUCGUAAACUACACCCUGUUCCGCAAGUACACCGUUCCAGUGUAUGACGGAACCUCCUUGCUGUAUUACCGCUUCGAGAUUUUCGGCGAAAGUUUCUCGAAACUGCAUGAGAUUGACCUGCGUUGCUACGCCUGGGCGAAUUCGGCAUUCCAGCUGCUAAUUCUAAUAUCGAUGAGGAAGCUUGUGCUCAGCUCGUUGCUGUUCCUCUUCGAGGUGAGCUUUUUGCCAAACUACAGCGCCGAGUUGCGGGGUUUCCUAGAGGAUCAGGCGAUGCUGCGAAGGUUCAACGUUGCAUGGUUGAAUUACGUGAACGCUGCGCGCGAUUCGGAUGACCCCAUAGUUAUCGAACGCCUGGAGCGUGCUCGCAGAGCCAUCGAUAAGCUGCCGAUGCCUGAAACGCCGAUCAUCCAUAAUCACCAAGUGUAUUAUGAUGCGAAACACUUCACGAUCUUCCGCCCGCCAAUACACUGCUGGAAGUUCCGAAAGCACAACUGUGCCGACAUGCAGCACAAGGUGAACGAGCUGCCGCAGUUCUACAAGAAACGCUGGAUCAAACAGUGUUUGACCAACGUGCUGACGAACUGGAGCGCUUUGCACUACGUGGUUCACAAUCCCUCGGAACUGCUGUUCAUGGAUUACUACGUUCCACUGGUGUCCAAGAAAACAGUGGAGGAGUACUCGCAGCUACUGUUUGAUCACAUAUACGAGACCAUGGCAGCGCUUGACCACCCUGAUGUCGUGCGGGCAUUGUCAGGCCAGCAAAGGCGUUUCCUCGUUGUGAAGCCAGCAGCGUACGAAAGCGGCGCCAGCACGUCAACUUUGGACAUGCCCAUCGACCGUUCCGUUUCAAGGCGUACGCAGCGGUUCGCGGCCGAUCCACUAAUCGCUAAAGCCCAUACGCGCCACCAUUCGAUAAGGAUGGCCUCCAAUGGAGAUGAUUCUGACGUUGCCUCCGCUGACGAAAGCAGUACCGAUUAUCAUCGCCACAACUCGAAGUUGCGACGAUCCGAUACGGACAACGACGACCGUCGUUUCAUCACGCCCAAGAUGUUUUCGCAGCUAAAUCCGUCGGUGGUAGAGGCGUUUUUCGUGGCGUACGAUAUAGGAAACUGUGGGUAUGUCAGCUCGGAGGUCUUCACGAGGAACGUAUUGUAUAUGUGCUCGCUACGUAAAAGGCUUAUGAGCGCGCUCAAGAAUCAGCGGAGCAUAUUGGGGCUGGUGAGCCGUCUUCUAAGCACUGCGUUGUGGUUCUUGAUUUUCGUCGUGUUCUUGAUGACCUUCCGGGUGAACAAGAAUAUCGUGCUUCCUUCGGUUAUCGGUUUCUUCUCCGCCAUGAUUGUAGCCCUGAGCUACAUGUACACCAGUUUCAUUACCGCCAUUAUAUUCGUGGUGCUGUCCAACCCGUACAAUGUCGGCGACCGUAUCCGCAUCGACAACGGCGAGGCAAUGUACGUGAAGUCCAUCACCACCUACAAUACGGAGUUCCGCUGCGUUCAUGAAAAGGUUAUCGCUUACCAGAAUUCGGUGCUGAGCACCAUGAACAUCAUCAACGAGACGCGUGCGCGCCAUGCGUCAACCGAAAUUGUGUUGAAGGUGGGAGCCUCCACCACGCCAGCAGCCCUGAAGCAGCUGGUUGAGAACGUCAAGAGCUUUGUAAACGGACAUCCACGCGAGUUCGUCCGUGACGGCUGUUUCGUGUACGGGUCUGAGGUCCAAGUUGGACACUAUUAUAUGGUUAAAGUUCUCGUGACCUAUCUGGACAACUGGGCUUGCCCCAAAUAUAUUUUCAAGCUGCAGAACAAGGUGAUUAUGCAGCUAGUGCAGCAGUGCAACGUGCUAGGAAUCACGUACAAGAGGCCUGUAGCUCCAGUGCAGUUCAGCGGAACGCUGAGUUAUGCCUGUAGAUCGUGA